GAUAGAAUUAAAAAGACUCAUAGAAUGACAAACACUCUAAACAGCACUCUGGCCUUAGAACCAACUCUUAAGACAGUCACGGGUAAUGACACCAGCUCCGACUGUCAGAGCCGGCCUUCCUCGUGUAGGGGGAUCUGCCGGACCAUUGCUAAUUCAAUUUCUUUCCCAAUCCGUGCCCUUCCCUAUCAUCGCCCCCUUCACCUUGGAUCAUGUUCAAGAAAUUUGAUGAAAAAGAAAAUGUGUCCAACUGCAUCCAGUUGAAAACCUCAGUAAUUAAGGGUAUUAAGAACCAAUUGAUAGAUCAAUUUCCAGGUAUUGAACCAUGGCUUAAUCAAAUCAUGCCUAAGAAAGAUCCUGUCAAAAUAGUUCGAUGCCAUGAACAUAUAGAAAUCCUUACAGUAAAUGGAGAAUUACUAUUUUUUAGACAAAGAGAAAGGCCUUUUUAUCCAACCCCAAGGUUGCUUCACAAAUAUCCUUUUAUCCUGCCAUACCAGCAAGUUGAUAAAGGAACCAUCAAAUUUGUACUCAGUGGAGCAAAUAUCAUGUGUCCGGGCUUAACUUCUCCAGGAGCUAAGCUUUACCCUGCAGCAGUAGAUACCAUUGUUGCAAUUAUGGCUGAAGGGAAACAGCAUGCUCUGUGUGUUGGAGUCAUGAAGAUGUCUGCAGAAGACAUCGAGAAAGUCAACAAAGGAAUUGGCAUUGAAAAUAUCCAUUAUUUAAAUGAUGGGCUGUGGCAUAUGAAGACAUAUAAAUAAGCCUCAGAAGGAAUGCAUUGGGAUAAAUAUGGAUAUUAUGCUGUAUCUGUGCUUGUAUGUGUGUGUGACAGCAUGAAGAUAAUGCCUCUGUGGUUAUGUUGAAUAAAUUCUACAGAUGCUAAAAAAAAAAAAAAAAAAAGACAGUCAGAUAUGACAAAAAGCCCAUGAGAGCAUUUCAGGCACAGAAAGCCAAGACACUGUGGCAAAAAUGGCCUA